AAGUGCAACAGCUAUUGCUUUUCAAGCCCCAAAAGUCACUGCAAACGAAUUGAAUAUGGAUUAUGAAUUUUUACUUAAAGAGGGAAGUUCUAGUGCGGAUGAAGAAAACAAAAUGCUGAAAGCAGAAAACAUGCCACGGUUGGUUGCGAAAAUAAGAAACGGUUCCGAAUGGAAUUUCCAUAUUCAAUUUCCAAUAGAAGGAAUCUAUAAAAUCAUUAUAAACGGUGCUCCUGAAUAUCAACACUUGACCUUAUUAUGUGAAUUUCAAAUAACUUGCACCGAAAAAUCAAAGGACUGCCGAUUAACACCAUUUGAUCCUGGUCUUUUAGGAUUUGGUCCAGGUCUGACAUGUGAAAAAGCAGGACUGCUCCUACCAUCUCACCAAAAUGGUCUUGUAACAACAGAAAAAAGCAAACCUAUUAGAAUGAGUUUUCUCCUAGAUAGUGAAAUUUCUAAAUCUCUGAAAGUAAAGACGGAAUUAGUUGAUGCAGAUUCUGAAGGAUUGCUCUUACAACAAAGUGACGUUACAACUAUAAUUGAAAAAACAGAACUUAAGAUAAUUACAAAAGUUGUCAGAGAAGGAGAUUAUGGACUGAAGAUUUUUACCGGAAGUAAUACUAGUAGCAUGAGUGUUGUAUGUAACUACUUCAUCACUACAUCUUAUAAAUUUACUUAUGAGAAGACUAACAAGCGUCUAGCCAGACAAAAUCUGUGGUCAUGUAUUGAGAAUGGCAAAUUCUCGGAAAUAGAGAAAAUAGAACAAGGAAUUAACAGAUGUAUAAAAGAGAAAAUUCCAGAAACAGACUCUGACAUUGAAAACGCUCACAGGAAAGUCGAAGUUUUAAAGAUAAAAAGAGAUAUCCAUGAUGCUUAUAUGAGGAGACAUUUAUUUACAACUGAAACGACUAUUCUCAAGAUACAACAGUCACAAUAUAUCAGAAUAUUUACAGAAAGUGUUCAACAUUUAGAAGAAUAUGCUUUUCAAUUAAGAAAUCUUGAAGGAUUUACACAAGAGUUACCGGAUAUUCUUGCUGCUGUUGGGGAAUUUAAUCAUGCGCAUGUCACAAAUGAAACGGUGGUUAACACAUUGGUUGCUUUAUCGGUUUUGUUUGGGAACAAACCAAAGCCAAUCGAGAACAAAGAUGAUCUACCAACCCUCGCACGUGAUACAAAGCACAAAAUACAAUUGAAAAAAGAUAACAUUGCGUCAUCGUUGUCAAUAGAAGAUGCUAGGCAUGCGCAAGUCGUCAUUGAGAGGUACACAUACAAACAAACAAGGAAUGUAAACGUAGCAGCUGCGUCCAUUCAUAGAUGGGUAACUGAUGUCGCAUCCACAUUGAUCAGUGGAAGAUCAGAAGGAGAUGCAUAGUGGUUCCAAAACACAAUUGCGAUGCUGGUUAAUGAAUAGGACUUACGUCACAUACGUUUCAUGCAGUGUUGUUUCAGUAACACAUUGAAUUCUAAAUAUUAUACACUGACAUCAAAUAUACCGUUUUAUAUAGAAUGUUCAUCUGCAAAGUUGGCUUGAAAUUUUAUUGAUUACAAUUUUUUCAAAAAACUUAAAUUGUGUUACCAAUGAUUUAAUCAUAAUUAUGUUUACAUGUAUCGUUAUAAAAUUUAGAAUAUUUUGAAAAAUUGAGGAUUUUCUACCCCAGGUAUAGAUUACCUUGCUUGUAUUUUGCAUAUCCUUUCGGGAGUUUGGGUCCUCAAUGAUCUUCGACUUCAUUCUUUAUUUGGCCGAUGUUUUUUUUUAAAUCCAGCGUCUGGCGUACAAAACUUAAUCCUGGUAUAUAUGAUGAGUUUAGUUUUCACAAUAUCCAACUAAUUAGUUUAUGCCUUAAACUAUAUAGUAGAAGCAUGCACAGAAGUGUUCACAUGUAUAAUUGUUAUUACAAGUAAAAGUACAGUAUUGUAACUCUUUUUCGCUUUUUUUUUCUUUUUUUUUUUGUUAGCUCGUUUAUUUGUUGAUGUUGAAGGAGACAUAGUGGGACGGGUUAGUUUUGUGAAAGCUCAACUCUCUAACCUGAGACAGUAGUCACUAUAGUGUAACAGUAUAACAUAAAAAUAAACUUUGAAAAAAAUAAGUUGAAAAUGGCUUAACUCAAUAGAUUAGUCCGA